AGGCGCGGCGCGCUCGACGGUUCUGCAGUAUCGGUCAACAGCAUGAAGUUCCUCACAUUCCUCGCUCUGGUCGCCGCCGUCGUCGCCUCGCCCGCCAACCGCAAGCGCCGGCCGGCGGUGACGCUCGAGGGCAACCCCUUCGAGUCGUACACGCUUCAUGCGAACAGCCACUACAGCAGCCUCGUCGAGGCUGCAAUCGGCAACCUCUCGGACUCGUCGCUCGAGCCGGCCGCGCAGGUUGUCAAGGAGACCGGUACUUUCCUCUGGCUCGACACCAUCUCUACGAUCGAGACAUUCGAGGGCUACCUUCAGGAGACUGGCGAGAACGAGAUCUUCGGUGUCGUGAUCUACGACCUCCCGGGUCGCGACUGCGCCGCCAAGGCCUCCAACGGCGAGUUGGCUGUCGGCGAGCUCGACAGGUACAAGUCGGAGUACAUUGACCCGAUCGUCGCGAUCAUCAAGAACAACCCGGACAUCGCCAUCGCCGCGAUCAUCGAGCCCGACUCGCUGCCCAACCUGGUCACCAACAGCGACCUCACCACCUGCCAGAACUCCGCGUCUGGCUACGAGGAGGGUGUCGCGUACGCGCUCUCGUCGCUCGACCUCCCGAACGUCGUCCAGUACGUCGAUGCGGGCCACGGAGGCUGGCUUGGCUGGGACGCGAACCUGAAGCCCGGCGCCGAAGAGCUCGCCAAGGUCUACAAGGCUGCCGGCUCGCCCAGCAACGUACGCGGCAUCUCCACCAACGUCGCCGGCUGGAAUGCGUGGUCCAAGAACCCGGGUGAGUUCGAGAACGCCCCCGAUGGCCAGUACAACAAGUGCCAGGACGAGCAGCGCUACGUGACCAUCUUCGGUGAUGCGCUCUCCGCUGCGGGCUUCCCGAACCACGCGAUCGUCGACACCGCGCGCAACGGCGUCCAGGGUCUCCGUGACGCCUGGGGCGACUGGUGCAACGUCAUCGGCGCCGGUAUCGGUGUGCGCCCGACCGCUGACACUGGCGAGGAGCUCGCCGACGCCUUCGUCUGGGUCAAGCCCGCUGGCGAGUCCGACGGUACCUCCGACUCUUCAGCGACCCGCUACGACUCUAUGUGCGGCCUCGACGAUGCCUACAAGCCGUCUCCGGAGGCUGGCGCGUGGAACCAGCCGUACUUCGAGGAGCUCCUGAAGAACGCCAACCCCUCUUUGGCUUAAAAUGUGUCGCUCGUUCUCGUAAAGGGUGUAUAUGUAUCUGUAAAAUUUAUCACUCGUUCUUGGGUUUCAAUGCAAUGCUGUUCGCCUGC